AUCACUUGAACUUGAUGUUUACUGCCACAUGACUAAUGACCUUGGGGCAUGCGAAGGUAGCGGAUGGACGCUGGUCAUGAAAAUUGAUGGCGAUAAGAUGACUUUCCACUACGAUUCCAGUCUUUGGAGCAACAGGGAAACCCUCAACCCGAAAGGAGGAGAGACUGGUUUUGACUUGCAAGAGACCAAGAUACCGACCUACUGGAAUACAUCCUUCUCCAAGAUCUGUCUUGGUAUGAAAAUCGGCCAGAAAAUCAAGUUCAUUGUUAUCAACAAGCAUGCCAACUCCCUCUACUCACUAAUUGCUGACGGGCAGUACCGUGCUACCUCACUAGGUCGUGAUACUUGGAAAGAACUUAUUGGUUCGGAAGCAUCUUUGCAAAGCUAUUGCAACAGGGAAGGGUUCAACGCAGUAGCUAACUUUGAGGUCAAUGCCAAAGCAAGAAUCGGUUUGAUCAGUAACAAUGAAGAUGACUGUGGUACUUGUGAUUCUAGAAUCGGGUUUGGUAGUGGAGGUUACCCAGCCGACACCAACACUUGUGGCAAUGCGGCCAUGGGGACAGCAGAUAAUGGAGACAAGACCAUCAAAGCCAUCGGAUACAUCUUGAUUCAGUGAAACUCGUAUACGCAUGUUAUCUACGUUCAGUGGAACCCCAGUUUUACGAUAUGGCAAGGGGACAACAAAAUCAUAUCGUGAAAUCGCGAUAUCAUCAACUAAUGAUAUCAGGAUAUGAUCAAUAAUAAAAUUUUAAUUGCGAGUGUAAUCAAU